AUGUCUAAAACAUUCAUCAAUAAUGGUGGGCAGGCAGACCAGCGGCCGCUGUUCGGUCUGCAAGAAGCGGAAGGUCAAGGAUGUACUGCUUGCGCCAAGGCUGGUUGGCACUGUCCGGGAUACGAUGACCGUUUCAUCAGCGUGGACAACAAGUCACAAGCACGUACGAAGGCGAGGACUGGAGCACUGGAGGCAGUGCCUGUACUCGAAUUUCUACCUCAGGACAUUCCUGGUCCACUCACAUCAAAGACGGAACUCCUGCGACUAGAGUUCGUCUGGAAGAUGGAAGUAGAUGUACUAGCUGUUCGACUCGCCAUGAUGCCCGCCACUCAUAUUCUCAAGCACAUUCCCGAGAGGAUCGGCUACAGCAGAGCUCUGGACGAUGCCGUGGCGUGCGCUACGCAGAGCUUUGACGGCCCGCCUGGACAGGAGAGAGUACUGUACAUAAAAGCUUUGCGGAGCUUACGUGAAACGCUUGACGACGAGAAACAGGUUCAGGCACCAGAGACACUCGCAGCGGCUUCUAUACUCCAGAUGUAUGAGCAGCAUACGGAUCACCCGGGACAGCAGUGGAUCUAUCAUGCACGAGGUGUUGUUCGCAUGCUCAAGGCCCGGGGUGUCGAUGGCAUGAAUACGGCACUCGAGAUGUCGAUCUUAGAGGCCCAGUCAGGUAACACCUUUCUACACGCCUUAACGCGCAACCAAGACUGCUUCCUCGCCCAUCCUGCCUGGGCACGUGCCUUAAAGCCCUCGGCGCAUCCGCAAGGCCAUCUCGACCGCUACAUGCGUAUGUUAGUAGACGGUGCGGUUUUCCCCGAUAUGUCAGCUUUGACUUCAGAAAUGGUGCUGACCUGUCGAUACGACAAGAGGACUAGCUACAAGACUCGUCAGAGUAUAGCCACGCUGGCCAUAGCAGAUAUUAUGCGAGCACGAAAGCAGCUACUUUCCCAACUCGAGACUGGACCAGGAUUCUCCUCGGAGCUAGGCAUGGCCGAUGCCUUGACGACAGCAGCUUAUGCUGCCACGGGCUUCUUCUUGAUUAUACUGGAUACUAUGGUCAUCGGGAUGCAACAGCAGGCCGAAGCACUUGGGGUACAGAUAUCAGCCUUUCAGCAAGAUCUUGUGCCCCAGGAGGUCCUCGGUGCCGAACGUCAAGGCACUCUUGAUGCUGUUGUAGCACGCUUCAAGCUUCUACAGACGCUUAGUCCGCACCUUAGUACUACGGCGCCAAGGGCAUUGCGGGUCAUUGUUGGGACUAUCUUGGGAAUUGGUGAAUACAAUGAUGGGCUCAAUUAUGAGGCAUUGCUUGACGUACUCGGGCAUGAGCUUGAAGACGAAAGGUGGUAA